GACGACUGCUCUUACGACCACCAUGGCGGCAAGGUCCACAAUCGCUCGCCUCAUCAACGCGGCACAACACACAGCAUGCCCUUGCCACGGAGGCGCACAUCAUCAUGGGAUGCACCAUCCCGGUGUCCUGAAUCAACUGAGGCGCUUUGCGUCGCCCGUAGACGCAGUGAAGAAGGAAUACGCGUUUGAGGUCGCCGCUUCCAAUCUGCGCUUUGGGGACGGUGUCACGCAGGAAGUCGGCAUGGAUCUGGCGAACAUGAAAGCCCGCAAGGUCGGGGUGCUGACAGACGAGAACGUCGCGAAGUUGGGGCCCAUGAAAGCCACAUUGGAUUCUCUCGAAUCCCAGUCUUUGGAGUUCGAGGUCCUGACCCUUCCUGCCGGUGAACCUACCGAACAGAGCUGGGCUGACGCGAUUUCAUGGUCUCGGGGACACGACUUCAGCCACUUCCUCGCGGUGGGCGGUGGUAGUGUGAUCGACACAGCGAAGGCCGCCAAUCUGUUUGGGGUCUACAAGGAUGCGGAUCUGUUCGACUUUGUGAAUGCCCCCAUUGGCAAAGGUCUCCCGAUCACGCAAACUCUCCGACCUCUAAUUGCGGUUCCGACCACUGCAGGAACAGGCUCGGAGACCACGGGAACAGCCAUUCUUGACAUCCCUUCACGAUCGUUCAAAACCGGGAUCGCCAACCGGGCCAUGAAACCUGUUCUUGGGAUUGUAGAUACGCAGAACACGGCUACUUGCCCUACAGCCGUGCAUAUCAGUGCCGGACUGGACGUGCUUUUCCACAGUCUUGAGAGCUACACAGCUAUCCCUUACACUGAACGUACCCCGCGACCGGCCAACCCGAUUCUCCGGCCAGCCUAUCAGGGCUCGAAUCCCGUAGCCGACGUGUUUUCCCUCUGGGCGCUCCAGACCACCGUGACAUAUCUCCCCCGGGUCGCCAAGGAUCGCGAGGAUGAGGAGGCUCGCCGACAGAUGCUGCUUGCUGCCUCGUUUGCUGGAAUUGGAUUCGGAAAUGCAGGGGUUCACUUAUGUCACGGCGUGGAUGUCUUAUCCGGUACUGGGAAUUACCUCAAACACGUGCAUUCUAUUCACCUCCGUGUGCAGAUUUCUGGACUGAAUAAGAAGGGACCCGGAUACAAGCAUCCCGGAUAUCUAAACAACGACAAGCCGAUUAUUCCGCACGGUGUUUCUGUAGCGAUUACAGGACCUGCCGUGUUCCAAUUCACAGCACCUUCAGCACCCGAUCGUCACCGACAGGCCCUGGCCAUCUUCCAGGGCAAGACCACCUCCGACCCUUCCAUAAGCCGCAUUCCUGAUCGUGAAAUUGGCGCUCAUUUGUAUGACGCGAUCGCUCAGUUCCUGGACGGUCUCGGUGUCCCUCGGGGCCUGAAAGCGCUCGGUUACACUGCAGCGGACAUCGACAUGCUUGUCGAUGGAACGUUGCCCCAGCGUCGUGUUUUAGAUCUUGCUCCUGGUAUCGGAGACAUCGUAGGCGAAGAUGGUCGGAUGCACAUUGCCAAAAUGCUGCAGAAUUCGCUCGAAUACUGAUUGCAGUACAUGAUGCGUGACGCGGCUUAUGUAAUAGACACCGUGCUUGAAUUCCAUCCACUACUACUGCUACCAACACCACCAUGUCGCGUCGCUCUGUGUUCAGGCCAUGCAUCGAUCUCCACGACGGACAGGUGAAGCAAAUUGUCGGAGGAACUCUCUCCGAGGCAUCUCCUGCGUCUUUGAAGACCAACUUUGUUUCGAGUAAAUCUGCGGGCGAAUUCGCUCAACUGUACCGGAAACACAAUCUUGAGGGAGGGCACGUCAUCAAACUCGGACCUGGAAACGACGAGGCCGCAAAAGAGGCGCUUGCUGCUUGGCCAGGAGGUCUACAGAUCGGUGGCGGUAUUAAUGACGGCAACGCGCAAACCUGGCUUGACGUCGGGGCGAGCAAGGUCAUCGUCACCUCUUUCCUCUUUCCGGGGGGCCGCUUUUCUCAAAAACGGUUAUCGAAUCUUGCCGCGGCCGUCGGAAAGGACAGGCUCGUAGUUGAUGUCAGUUGUCGACGCCGAGGAGAUGCCUGGUUCGUUGCCAUGAAUAAAUGGCAAGACAUCACAGACAUGGAGGUCAAUAAAGAGUCUUUGGACAUGCUGGCGCAGUUCUGCAGUGAAUUCCUUAUCCAUGCUGCAGAUGUCGAGGGACUGUGCAAGGGUAUUGACGAAGCUCUGGUCGCCAAAUUAGGUGAAUGGGUAUCCAUUCCUUGCACUUAUGCCGGUGGCGCGAAAAGUAUCGAGGAUCUCGAAUUGGUCCAUCAUCUCUCCAGAGGAAAAGUUGAUCUAACCUACGGAAGCUCUUUAGACAUUUUUGGUGGAACUCUAGUAAUAUUCGAUGAUCUUGUUGCAAAAAAUAGAAAUCACGCUUGAGCGACCAGAUGCUGACUAAUGAGUUGUAUAGUCACGAGACGUGACUUCUCGUGACAUCCUCCAUCCCUCACACAUUUCCUCAAGACUCCGACACGAUGCCCGGCAAGGUCAAGGCUUACGAACUCCAGUCCAAGUCCAAAAAUGACUUGUCGAAACAACUGGUCGAGCUCAAGAACGAGCUCUUGACCCUGCGGGUCCAGAAAAUUGCUGGUGGAUCAGCGUCGAAGCUGACGAAGAUCAACACUGUCCGCAAGUCGAUCGCUCGUGUCCAGACCGUCAUGACCCAGAAGGCCCGGCAAAAUCUGCGUGAUUACUACAAGAACAAGAAGUACUUGCCGCUUGACCUCCGUGUGAAGAAGACUCGUGCUAUCCGGCGGCGUCUGACCAAGCACGAAUCAUCGGUGAAGACCUUGAAGCAGCGCAAGAAGGACUUGAACUUCCCGAUCCGAAAAUAUGCCGUCAAGGCAUAGGUACCCGUGUAGUUCACUAUUCCGUCUACUAUGUCCCAUGUCUGCCUCUAUGUUACACAUGCUCUCAUCGCGCACUCUGUACACGUCGGUGGAAUCUUGAUAAAAUUCAAAACAAAAAAUGUGAAACAAUUCGCCAUCAGGCUCACGCAUCAUGAUCAGACGAGCAUCAUGCGUUGCGUCUUUCACAUCGGUCUUGAUUGAACGCAGAGGAGCUCGUCAUCUUCCUCCACCUCAAUCACGGCGUUCCUCUCCUCAACCCCUUCAUUUUCUCCCUGGCCCGUGUCUUUUCUCAUUCUUUCUAAAUAACCUCGCGCCGCCAAAUACACAUCGUCAGCUGUUUUCACCGCGGCCAUCGCAAGAGGAAGCAAUUCCGAAAGUGAUACCAUCGUUACGGCCCACGGAUUCCUGAACACUCCCACAAUCCUCCGCUCAGCUAGUGGCCUAUCAACACUGUAAUGACGCCCAAAUCCUCUACCAUUGAAGAACCCCAGGGCCGUAUGAGGGAGCCCGUCCCCAUACCCAGCAGCAAUCCCGCGAGCCAGUACACGCUCCUCGAAAAGCUGGGAACGGGGAGUUUCGGGACGGUCUACAAGGCGAUGCACAAUGAAACGAAGCAGAUUGUAGCCAUAAAGCAGAUAGAUCUGGAGGAUUCCGACGACGAUAUCUCUGAAAUCCAGCAGGAAAUUGCGAGUCUUGCCCAGUGCGACUCGGAGUAUGUCACUCGAUACUACGGCUCGUUCGUUGUCUCGUACAAGCUGUGGAUCGUCAUGGAGUAUCUGGCCGGCGGGUCAUGCCUCGACCUCUUGAAGCCGGGCACCUUCUCUGAGGCUCACAUUGCUGUCAUCUGUCGUGAGCUUUUGCUUGGUCUCGACUAUCUCCACACAGAAGGGACCAUUCACCGUGACAUCAAAGCUGCCAACAUCCUGUUGUCCUCAUCAGGCAAAGUCAAGUUGGCGGACUUUGGCGUUGCCGCGCAGCUCACCAGCACGUUACGGCACACCUUUGUUGGGACGCCGUUUUGGAUGGCUCCUGAGGUGAUUCGGCAGGCUGGGUACGACGCGAAGGCUGAUAUGUGGAGCUUGGGAAUCACGGCGAUUGAGAUGGCCAAGGGUGAACCGCCACUGGCGGAGUAUCAUCCCAUGCGUGUUCUCUUCUUGAUUCCGAAAGCCAAGCCCCCAGUGCUGGAAGGCACCUUCUCCUCCGCGUUCAAGGAUUUUGUCACUCAGUGUUUGACGAAGGAUCCCGCCGCUCGUCCAACAGCAAAUGAAUUACUGCAACACCGAUUUAUUCGCGGCGCGCGCAAAACCUCGUAUCUGACUGAGCUCAUCGAACGGUAUCAGGAUUACCGCGCACGGUCUCCUCCUAAAGCACAGCAGAUGUACCAGGCUACGGUCAAAGGAUGGGACAGCACAAUCCGGAGCGAUUGGAACUUCGACACCAUCAAAUCCUCCGCCUCAGCUAUGGGCACUUUCCGUAGCAUGGCGAAGGAUCUUGACAUGGUUCCGGAUAUGGAGUCUGAGGAAGACGGGUCGGAUUUUGAAGAGACCACGGACUCGGUUGACACUGGGAACGCAACCAAGGGGAGCGAUCCGAUUCAGAUCGCUCGCAGCGUGGGCCUGAACCCUCAGGCGGGGCACUCAACCGUGGUGAUUCGGUCGCCAGUUUCGGAGAAGGAUAUUCCGGCUUUGCUCGCGGACACUGCCUCUGCUGAGACGACCUCAGACAGUCCACAUACACCGCCGCAAGAGAACUUGGGUCUGGGGGCGCCACCUGCUUAUUCGGGAUCUGUGCGGGGUAGCCGGCGAGCUUCUUACGCAGCCCGAACAUCUGUGCAAGGCGCUGGGACGGUCAUGCGGGAGGCUGACCUCGGCACCGGCGUGGACACGAUCAGACCUGUCAAGAAAGUCGACACGGCGGGCUCUUUGCGAUUGUCGGCGGACUUUGUUGGGAACAUGCGCAGAGAGGGUAGCGGCAGUAGCUCCACUCCAACAUCACCGACAUCAGGGGGUCGUCGAGUGGCCAGCGAAGCCUCGAAAGCGGGGCGGACCUUGAUUGACGAUGUUGUGACUCCCGUUUUACAAAGGGCAAUUCAUGAUGAUAUGGAUGCUCGGGAAAUAGAGUCUCUGAGCAUGCUGUCGAGAGGAUUUACAGAACUCAAAGAAACGAACCCCGAGCUGGCUUACAAUAUCAUUCUCGAUAUCCUCAGCGGCAUCAACGACAACACUGCUGUCCGACAACAUGUACAAACGGCUCGAGGCCUGUUCCCUCACAGACGAAUUAUCCGCAAGAGCGAGAUGACUGCGAAAGGAUUGGUUGUGACGGAAGUGCAGGAGGACGUGACUGGCCUUCCAUCGAGCGCGGAUCCGACCGACGCAGAAGAGCCUGCAGCCAAGAAAUCUCCUAUUGCUGAGCUACUAUACAUGCGAUGGCUCGAAGGCUUGCGGCUGAAAUGGCCCAGUCUGACGUGAUGAUUCAUUUUUUUUUGCUAUCCGUGCUUACUCCUCAUGUCUGUUUAUUCACACUCACGAGACACGACUAUUACGAAUAUCUCAUGUGAUCUCUCGAUACGUUUAGCGUACAUACCACCAUAUCACAAGUAAUUGACGCCCAAGUAAUCGACUA